UUUGUCAACAAAGCAUCACUCACCCACUCGCUCAUUGCCUCUUGCUCACUCGACCAUGCGCGCAACUCGCGCGAUACUCGACCUUGCGCGACCCGUAUCCUCGCGAGCGCCCCCUCCGCUGGUGUACAACCUCGGUAUUAGCUAUGCGGCCAAGCACUCCCCCCCUUUCGUACCGCACAACGCGCACCCCGCGUCCGCCGGCUUCUCGGGCCAGCCGUCUAAGCUCGGCAAGUGGGUCGACACGAUGAAGGCGUUGCCUGCUGGUCGCGGCGAGCUGGAGCCUACUAAGGACGAGCACGAGGCCGGCAAGCGCGAGCUUGAUCUCCAGAUGGCUGUCAACAAGUGGGGGGCAGGCGAAGACUUUUUCGCCGUCGUCUCUACGGACACCUUCACACACAUCGCUGCGUCCGACGGUGUGGGCGGCUGGGCACCUCAGUUCGACCCCUCGCUCUACUCGCAGGCGCUCAUGUUUCACUACGCGCAGGCGUUGACAGCCUCGCCAAGCAUGGCGCCAUGGGAGGCGCUGAAUCGGGCAUAUGCGGCGGUUGAGGCUGACGACAACGUCAAGGCUGGGAGCGCGACCGCCGUGGGCGUAAGCAUGGGCGAGACGGGCAAGGGGCAGGCUAUCAACCUUGGCGACUCGGGCUUGACAAUUCUGCGUAAUGGCAAGCCAGUGUUUGAGUCUCUGGCGCAGACCCACUUCUUCAACUGUCCUUACCAACUGUCGAAAACUCCACCCUCGAUGCGAUCGCCCGACCUCAUUACCGACACGCCGGCACAGGCCGACAAGUUCGAGUUCGACCUAGAGCCCGGAGACGUCGUGUUGUUAUACACGGACGGAAUGAGCGACAACCUACCCGCGGAGCGGAUCCCAUUGUUGAACGCCGCGGUGUUGCAGACGCUCGAGCUCGAGGCGAACGCGGACCUGAGCGUCGAGGAGAAGCGUGCCGCGCACGCCCGCCUGCUGGCCGACGUGCUUGUUGCCGCGUCACGGUACGGCAUGUGCUUCUCGGGCGAGGAGGACCUGAGCAAGGGUGGCGCGUGGAAGACGCCGUUCGAGAUCGAGGCCAAAAAGAACCGCCGCGACUUCAUCGGCGGUAAAAUCGACGACGUGACCGUCCUCGCUGUGACUGUCGCGGAAAGAUUGGGAUAGAUGAUAGAAGCUGCAUGCUACACUGGUACACUGGG